AUGGGUUUCAUGCUUAAGAAGCCCGAGGGCUCGGCGGGCUCGGCUUUGCCGGCUAUCUUAAUCGGUCUCUUUGUUGCCUUUGGAGGUAUCCUUUUUGGAUAUGAUACCGGUACCAUUGGCGGCAUCCUUGCUAUGGAUGCAUGGCGAAAGCAAUUCUCCACUGGACACAUCAAUCCCAAGGACGGUCUUCCCGAUGUUACGGCAAGCCAGUCUUCUGAAAUUGUGUCUAUUCUUUCUGCUGGCACUUUUUUCGGUGCCCUGACCGCCGCCCCAUUUGCUGACUUCAUGGGACGUCGUCUUGCGUUGAUUGCAUCCAGCUGGGUGUUUAUCCUCGGUGUCAUUCUUCAGACUGCCUCAACCGCUAUCCCAAUGUUCGUGGCUGGCCGAUUCUUUGCUGGUUAUGGUGUCGGUCUGGUAUCUGCUUUAAUUCCUCUAUAUCAGUCUGAGACUGCUCCCAAGUGGAUCCGUGGCACAGUUGUGGGCGCCUAUCAAUGGGCCAUUACUAUUGGUCUUCUCCUCGCGUCUAUUGUCGACAAUGCCACAAAGAACCGUACAGACACCGGAUCCUAUCGGAUCCCGAUCGCUGUGCAGUUUGCCUGGGCUCUCAUCAUCAUUAGUGGCAUGCUGUUCCUCCCCGAGACCCCCAGGUUCCUCGUCAAGAAAGGCAAGCACACCAAGGCGUGCAAGGCACUUUCCAGACUCCGACGACUCGACAUGGACCACCCCGCUCUUGUGGAGGAGCUUGGAGAAAUCCAAGCCAACCACCAGUACGAAAUGUCGCUGGGCAAGGCCACCUACCUCGACUGCUUCAAGGGCAAUCUACGCAAGCGUCUCCUUACCGGUUGCAGUCUUCAAGCCCUCCAGCAGCUGACUGGUGUCAAUUUUAUCUUCUACUAUGGCACUUCAUUCUUCAAGAACUCGGGAAUCCACAACCCUUUUAUUAUCAAUCUGAUUACAUCCAUUGUCAAUGUCGUCUCCACCGUUCCUGGCCUGUACCUGGUCGAGAAAUGGGGUCGUCGUCCUCUGUUGCUCUUUGGUGCCAUUGGAAUGUUUAUCUGCCAGUUCAUUAUUGCCAUUGUCGGCACGACGACGAGUUCACUUGUUGCCAACAAGGUGCUCAUCGCCUUUGUCUGCAUCUAUAUCUUCUUCUUUGCGUGUUCCUGGGGACCUUGCGCCUGGGUUGUGACUGGUGAGCUCUUCCCGCUCAAGGUGCGCGCCAAGUCGCUCUCCAUGACCACCGCUUCGAACUGGCUGCUCAACUGGGCUAUUGCCUAUGCGACUCCUUACCUCGUUGAUAGCGGUCCUGGCGAUGCCGGGUUGGGUUCAAAGGUCUUCUUCAUUUGGGGCAGUUGCUGCGGCGUUUGCAUCGUCUUUGUCUGGUUCUUCAUCUACGAGACCAAGGGCCUGUCGCUCGAGCAAGUUGACGAGCUCUACGCCAAGGUCGGCCACGCGUGGCACAGCAAAGGCUUCGUCCCUACCAUCUCCUUCCAAGAAGUCCAGGACACCGGUGUCAAUACCCGCACUCACACCCUUGCCGACAUCGAGGCCGAUGUCCAACGCAAGAAGUCAAUUGCUCAUACCGAGCAUGUCGAUGUUCCCGGCCUUUCCGAAAAGGUCUAA